AUGCCUCUUUUCCUCUUCCGGGCCCUGCGGCUCGGCCUCCUCAGGACAUGCAGAUUUUUUCCUUUCCGGUGGAGCUUCCUCGGUGCACGGGGAGGCUGGAACACACACACAUACACGUGCGGGCAGGGCCCAGUUGUGUUGCAUGCUCUCUGGCUGUCUUUCUGUCGUCGGGCCGCGCCGAGUUCGAAAAAGAGUAGUGCGACCUCUCAGAAUAACCACCCGCUUGUGUCUCAUUUCCAGGCCCCCGCGCGCGUCCGCCAAGGCUUUGCGAAGAUCUUUGUGCUCCUAUCCGUUUGUGUUUCCUCGCGCGAAGCUGCUGAGGAGUGCGCCGACAUGAGCGGGGGAGCGUGCACAUUUUCUCAUUGA